UUCCAUUUAAGUUUACGGGACAUAUACACAUUUUUUAACCUUAAAUAAUGAGGUCGGUUGUUUCAUAAUUUAUGCAAGUAAUUGCUCUACAUAUUUUUAAAUUACUUUGCCUUUAAUUUGUGUCUGUUGGAUGAUAUAUAAGUAUAACACUGAGUUAAUUUUUCAGGCGUUGUCACUAUUUAAUGUCCAGUAAUAAUAAUUUUAUAACUGGUGUAACGUUCACAAGCCCACUUUAAGCUUGUGGAGCGCUUUUUCCUGAAUGUGAAUUUUUGGACGCUUUGUUUCAGCACCAUAUAUAUGGACAGCUCCCAUAAAGUAGAAAUGCCACUUAAGUCGGAUUUUAUUUCCGAUCUUGUUUUCAUUUAUUAAUCUGUAGCAUAAGACAAUCCUCGUAUCUAUUCACUCUGCUUUGUUUGAGCAAAGUCUUGUGUCUGUAAAAGCGCUGCUCAUGUGUUUUCCUAUUGGACUGUGUCGAUGGCUGCUGUCGGCCAAUGAAACGCAGACGUGUACAAAGAGAUCUAGUCCAUCCCCCGUGCAGCUUCAGCACCGCAUUCAUGUUGCAUUAAGCUGAAUGAGACAAAGUGAUGCUCUUCUUGGAAAUCAGACGGAAGAUUUCGAAUAAUUAUUUUGCAGUGGAUUAUUGUGGGAUACGCGUGUGUCAUUGAUGGUUUACAACAAUGGAUGGCAACUGUUCUUCUUUUGUUCACUUCACUGGGAAUUAAUUCUAACGCACCGGGGAUGACAAAGAGACGAGGACAGGGACACUGGAGAUGGCAGGCGCUCUGGUGGCAUCUCUUCUUCCUCUUGUGGAGUAUAACACGGGGACAGACUCGUUACAGUGUCCCAGAAGAACUAAAGCAGGGAUCUGUGGUAGGAAAUCUGGCUAAAGAUCUUGGUCUGGCAUUGUCUGAUAUUUCUGACCGUAAACUGCGUGUUGCCUCUGAGGUUGGUAAGCCGCAGUACUUCACUGUGGAUACGGGGAAGGGCGAGCUGGUGGUGAAUGACAGAAUAGACAGAGAGACUCUAUGUGGACAAAGCGCCAGCUGUGUAUUGACUCUGCAGGUCCUCAUUGAUAAACCGUUACAACUGUACAAAGUGGAGGUUGAAAUACAGGACAUUAAUGAUAAUUCUCCCAUGUUUCCUUCUCAAGAAAUCAUAAUAGAAAUAGCAGAGUCGACAGCAGCAGGGGCACGUUUUCCUUUAGAGACUGCGCGCGACAUCGACGUCGGAAUAAAUUCAGUGAGAUCUUAUACGUUAAGUAAAGACGACCUUUUUAGUUUGAAAAUUAAAGAUGUAUCAGGAGGGAGAAAGAUACCAGAACUCGUUUUAUCAAAGUCGCUGGACAGAGAGAAAAAGGCUACACAUCACCUUCAAUUAACAGCUUUUGACGGCGGAAAUCCAGUGAAAUCUGGAAUCUCACAGAUAACAAUAAAUGUACUUGAUAAUAACGAUAAUUUUCCGGUAUUUGAGAAAAACGUUUACAAAGUCUCUGUAAGCGAAAACAGUGCCCAAGGUGCGUCUAUAAUAAAACUAACCGCAAAAGACGUCGACGAUGGCCCUAAUGGGGAAGUCGAGUAUUCAUUUGGAGUUCACACACCAGAUGUUGUUCAGUCUGUUUUUGAUAUUGAUGCGAUAACUGGAGAAAUUAGUCUUAAAGGAACAUUGGAUUUUGAAACCAACGCAAAUUUUGAAGUUGAUAUUAGCGCAAAAGACAAAGGAAAUCCUAGAAUGGAGGGACACUGUACUGUCCAUAUAGAAGUAAUAGAUAUAAACGAUAAUGCCCCCGUUAUAAUCCUAACCUCUGAACCUAACCCAGUGCCAGAGGACGCACCGAACGGCACUGUAGUGGCUUUGAUUAGUGCCCGAGACAGUGAUUUUGGCGACAACGGUAAAGUGACGCUUCGUUUAUCAAAUGGUUUUCCGUUUAAUCUCAAACCGUCAUUUUCUGAUAAUUAUGCAUUGGUUAUCAAGGGUGUUCUAGACCGAGAAAAAAUGUCAGAAUAUAAUAUUGAAAUCACAGCCACAGAUUCAGGCUCUCCCCCACUGUCCAGUAAGACAAUUAUACAAAUUAGUAUCUCAGAUGUCAAUGACAAUCCUCCUGUAUUCUCUCAGUCCUCCUAUAAUGUGUAUUUAAAAGAGAAUGGAGUACCAGGAUCUAUACUGUACUCAGUAUCAGCCUCUGACCUGGAUUCUGGUGAAAACGCUAAAAUCUCCUACUCUAUACUAGACUCUAAAGUGCAGGACGUUUCUGUGUCAUCGUAUGUUUACAUUAACUCAGAUAACGGCAGCAUCUACAGCAUGCACUCGUUCGACUAUGAGAAACUGAAGGUGUUUCAGAUUCAGGUUCAGGCUAAAGAUCAGGGCUCUCCGUCUCUGAGCAGCAACACCACUGUCCAUGUCUUUAUCCUGGACCAGAACGACAACGCCCCCUCUGUUAUUUACCCCUCCUCUGCUGCCCUGGGCUCCCUCUCUCACCAGAGGAUGCCCCGCUCCGCCAAAGCGGGUCACCUGGUCACUAAGGUGACAGCUGUGGACGCUGACUCGGGCCAUAACGCCUGGAUCUCCUACAAACUGGCAGAGGCCACAGACGCGUCUCUGUUCACCGUCAACCAGUUCACUGGAGAGGUGAGGACUAAACGUGCUGUGUACGAGCAGGACGAAUCCUCUCAGAGGCUGCUGAUAGAGAUCAGAGACGAUGGACAACCGGUCCAGUCCUCCACUGUCACGGUGUCCAUCCUGCUGGAGGACGGGCUGCAUGAACCCAUCUUAGACCUUGAACAGAAAGUAGCUGAACCCAGCAGGAAAAAUGGGAGAAUCGCCCUUUAUUUGAUUCUCUCUCUGGCCUCGGUGUCUGUUCUGUCUCUGGUGACUUUUGUCAUCUUAGCGGUGAAGUGCAUCAGGAGCAGCAGUAGCAGCAGUAGUUGCUGCAUGAGAAGGAGCGACUGUGAUGAUUACAAGAACCCCAACAGAAACCUGCAGAUUCAGCUCAACACUGAUGGACCCAUAAAGUACGUGGAGGUGCUGGGAGGAGACAUGAUGUCUCAGAGUCAGUCCUUCAGGUCUUGUAUGUCUCCAAUGUCAGAGUACAGUGACUUCACUUUGAUUAAGCCCAGCAGCACCACUGACUUUAAGGAGGUGAUCAGUGUCCUGGAUGCGUCUUUACCUGACAGCACCUGGACCUUUGAGAGCCAGCAGGUGAGAUGAUGACAUGUGACUUGUCACGUAUUCAAAACGUGCUAGAUUUGAGUUGUAAUUACAAGGUAUU